GCUUGUGUGUGAGAGCGUCGGGCUUCCCGGAUUGAGUACAACAGAGCGACGGAGAAGUGAAGCUAUCGGAGGGAGGUCGAGAGAGGUUAGAAACGUCGUUCACCGUGAACGGAAAGGCGCAGUGCACGGCGACACAACCCCAGUGGAAAAAAGGGGGCUGCUGCACUUUGCCGUCAGUGUGCAGCUGCAACUGUAGCGGGUAACAGACAAACUAUUCGUGCUUUUACCCCCUCGAUACAUCUGGAUGAAUUUGGGGCUGGCAGGUUCUGAAGCUAUCGAGCCAGGGAGUUUACUUGACGUGAGACGCGAAGACAAACAUCUCUGAUUUCAAUUUCCCUUCAAUCGACAAAUUAAAUGUCACACAAGUCACUCGGUGCAGUAACUCAAGCUUCUUUUCCUGUUCAUGAGGCUCAUGAUUCUUUUCUCCCAGAACACCAAGCUUCUACAGUUACUAAGACCCAGGUGCUAAGGAAACCCCUACAAACCAGACGCCAUGUCCGCACAAGGCUGGUCGUUGUUACUUUUUCUCCUGCGAUUGCAUUCAGUUAUCGUAGAUAACAGGUGCAACUGAUGAGUUUGGUGACAGGCGGUUGAAGAGUGCUUCUGCUGGUUGUAUAGGGAAAAAGAGAGGCGCUACAUAAUUCAUCUGCCGGGCUUCUGCAGGUCAGGUGAGCUGUCGAAGAGUGAUACGGCAAAAUGAAUGACAGCAUCACUCUGUGACAGUUUACCGUGACGUGCGCGUUUGCUGGUGCGUGGUGGGUACACCAACGGUGAUUAUGUCGCGACAGCCUUAGUCAUACCGGGCCUUGCUAGUCCGUGUUCGGCGACUCCAGUCACCACUCGGACGAAUGUGUGGACUGUCAGCUGAAGUGGUGAUAGGGGGCUCUUCGCUUAAAAAUGCUACCGACCAGAGGCUCCUGGGCUUUCGUUUUUGAAUAUGCCGUUCUCUUGACGCUUACCCAAGAGUUGGUUUCGCUUGGAGAAAAAUCCAGCCCCCUGGACAGCGGGGCGGAUAACAGCAAUUGCUGCCAGACAACCACCCCGUUACGUGGUCUGGACCAGCGCGCCACGUUCUGCGGAGUUCCACUCUUAAGGAGGAACUCCGACGGGGAGUACGUCAGCGACGACUCGUCAAAAAUUAUCUUCAUUGGGGGGCUUUUCCCCCUGUCGGGGACCUCUUUUUCUCGGAAUGGAAGGAUUGAUCUAGAAGCUGCCUGUAUGGCCAUCGAGCACGUCAACGAGCAGAACUUCAUUGAGGGGCAUCAGCUGGUAAUGUACUACAACGAUACGCAGUGCCAUCCCGGGAUAGCCGCAGACGCCCUCUUCGAUCAGCUCUAUCGUAAGCCCCAGAUGACCAUGCUGCUGGGCAGCCAAUGCUCCGAGGUGUCCAAACACAUCGCGCAGAUCGUACCCUACUGGAACCUCGUCAUGGUAUCUUAUGGCGCAACAUCAGUGACGCUCACCGACAGGGAGUUUUACCCGACUUUCUUUAGGACGGUGUCCCCCGAUUCUUCCCACAAUGCAGCCAAGGCGGCCUUCAUGGAGUACUUUGGAUGGUACGAGAUUGCUAGUCUGAUAGAAGAGGAGGAGAUGUUCUCAUUGGCACUCUCCGAUCUGACACGCUACCUGCAAUCGUCGAGCAACAUUACGAUCUCGGCCUCACUCAACACAGAGGACGACCUCGCAGCCAAGAUGCAGCAACUCCAGGAACAAGAUGCACGCAUAAUCAUAGGUAGCUUUCAAGAAAGAACGGCAAGAGCUGUCUUCUGUGAGGCUCACAAAAUCAACAUGUACGGGCCCAAGUACGUGUGGAUUUUGCCGGGCUGGUUCCAGAGGGAGUGGUGGCGGGCCGAAGCGGACACGGAUUGCUCUGCGGAGGACUUAGCCGAAGUGGCGGAGGGCUACUUUGCCAUCGACAGCCUUGAUAUCAAUAUUGACAACCGAAGUUCCAUCUCGGGACUUACAUCGCACGCCUUUGAGGUGGAGAUGCUGAAGAGGGGUGUGCGUUCCGCUGGUAGCCAGGCCCCUAACACGUACGACGCUAUCUGGACCAUGGCUCUUACCAUCAAGUCCGCCAUGCAUCAUUUGAACAGGACGGAGGUGGCCAAUCAGAGCACGAGUAUUGCCAACGCGAGCCGCUGGGGGACUGGCUUCACUUAUGACAACAGGCCAAUGAGGGAUCUCUACGCGGACAUCGUGUCCGAUAUACGAUUUAUAGGAGUGUCGGGACCAAUCAGAUUCAAGGGGCCGGACCGUUACGGAGUGACGACAUAUCGGCAGAAUCAAGGUGGUGUAAUGAGGUUGGUGGCGCUAUUUUUCCCCGAAGAGAGACGCCUCGUUUUGGAGGGACAGGAUUUGACGCCUAUCCAAUGGGAGGGAGGGACUGUCCCUGUGGAUAAGUUACUCGUCUUUGACCAGAGACUUCGAAUAAACUUCGCUGCGUAUAUCACCACCACGGCGCUGGCAGCGUGUGGCAUGCUACUUGCCGUUAUGUUUCUACUCUUUAAUAUUAGAUACCGGAAAACGAAAUUCAUCAAGCUGUCCAGCCCUAACCUUAACAACAUCACAAUAGUGGGCUGCAUCAUGGUGUACUGUGCGGUCAUCAUGUUGGGCCUAGAGUCGGAGAGAGUUGGAAUAGAGGCCUACAGUCCGAUGUGCACGAUCCGUGCCGCGUUCCUGAUGGUUGGUUUCUCCUUUGCGUUUGGUUCCAUGUUCGUGAAGACGUAUCGGGUAUAUCACAUAAUUACCCAUGCUACUAGCCGCGUCAUUAAACGAAAGAUGCUUCACGAGUCAACUUUGUUCCUGAUGAUUGGUGUUCUACUAAUCAUUGAUAUCAUUAUUUUGACGCUCUGGAGCGUCCUCGAUCCCAUGAUCAGAGUGGAAGAGCGACUCCCUUUAGAGUCGUCAAACGACACCGUAGCGUUCGUGCCGAUCUUGGAGGUGUGCCGGUCAGAGAAUCUCAGCAUCUGGCUGGGCACGGUGUACGCCUACAAGGGCCUCCUUCUACUCUUCGGCCUGUUUCUUGGCUGGGAGACGAGGAAAGUCAAAAUACCGGCAUUGAACGAUUCGCACUAUAUAGCAGUCUGCGUGUACAACGUGACCAUAAUGAGUAUUCUUGCCGUAGUGGUUUCUAACCUCGUCACUCGUGGUGAUCAGCUCACCACAUCCUUUGUUCUAGUCACCGUCUGCAUCUGCAUCACCACCACUAUGACCCUUUGCUUCCUGUUUGUGCCGAAGGUGUACACCAUACAUGCCGUGCGGUUGGGCAGUGACCCCGUGACGAAAUCCGUGGGGUUAGAGAUCAAAGGUCGCACGAGACGCUUUGUGACAGAUGAGACGACGGAGAUGAAGGAGUCCCUCUACCGGGCCGAGGUUCAGGCCAGGGCUUUCAGGAAAGAGAAAAAUAAGCUGGAUAAUCGUAUUGCUGAGUUGGAAGCCCAGCUGAGACUCCUCAGUAGGUCGGAUGACGGUGACAGCAGCGACAGCAGCAGAGAAUGGGCUGGGGAUCUCUGCCAACAGAAAGACAUGUACAUGCUGCUGCACCUGCCGGAGACGAGUAUACAGGGUACCGAACCAGCUAAGCCCCCGUACCAGAACCACGUGACAGGUGCUGAGCACGAGGUGGAACUGCAUUGCCUGCUGCAGAGGGACGAUUCCGGCCGGCAUUCUUUGGACUCGAGGAGCGUGAGCACCUACACGACCGAUCUGAACGAGAACCAGAGCUCCGUUGGUGACGAGGACCAGCUUACUGGUACCCCGUCCCCUUCCCGGUCAGCCAAGCAGCAGCACGCCGAGCUGUGCCUCCAGAACCCGACUAGACCUUACCUCCCACACUUGCACGAGAACCCGGUGAUGACCAGGCCGCUGAGGCGACACCCGCCCCUAAUCAAGAGCCUGUCGUCCGGCAGCAUGCCCCGGCGACACACGCUGGUGUCCUCCAUCGACGGACCCAACCGAUGCAUUAAGAACGACGCAAUAAAACGGUAUUCCCCCAUGCGCACUGGCUGCGGGUCGGCCAGACGUUCCCGCAGUAACAGUGAGAGGCGGGAGAGCGCUCGCUUCCACAACGAAGUUCGUAGACUCGUGGUCGAGAUGCGCAGCGUUCAAAUGCGACUACUGCAGCUUAAUGAAAAACCAGAGAUGAUAUACUAUGUUUGACCGGAAUUUUGGCUC